AUGUCGACUCUCGAUGCCGUCGAAGUGCGUCGAAUUGCGACGCAGUUAGCGGCGCUCAAGCAGCAGCGCAACGAAGCCACUUCACUGGAUGAUGACGAGCCGAUCCGACUGUACCGAUUGACCAACAGCAGCGCUUUUGUGCGCGUCCUGGACGAUUAUCCCGAGCCUAUUUCAUCGGAUAUGCUCGCGACAAUUAGCGCUUUUAUCGCGAAAAAUAAGGAGGAUGGCGAUUGUGAGGAGAUGAAUGCGACUGUAAAGAAUGAAGCAGACGAGAAGACGACGCGUAAGGAACAGCAAGACACUUUAUCGGUCGCAAGUUCGACGUUAGGACGACAGAAGCGCAAGGAGAUCGAUACGGAUAACGAUACCGUUAGAGUAAACGGUGGCGAUAACGUUAGCGAGGACACUAUCGAUAACGCUAAUCGUGACGUUAACGCAGACGUUACGGGAGAUACGACAGUAACCAGCAAUUGCGCGGCAACAGCCGUGGAUCAAGAAGAUGUUGGUGUUACAAAGCCGGAACUGGUUCAAGUCUCAAGGGCAGCGGACAUUGUGCCACCGUGGGAAAAAGCUGCUGCUGUGAAGAAUAUACGGGAUCUGGUGCUGGACCAGAAGGAAGGAAUCAGUGACGUUCUGAAUCAGAAAGUGGCGAUCAACAGGAUGCAAGAGCUGGACUGCAGUCGUAAGGAUGGACCUGUCGCUGCAGAGGUUGGGACCAAAGACCUGGAGUCAGUGGACCAUUCGACGCUGUUUGAACAGUGGCCACAUCAACUCGAGGAACAACGGAAGUUGUGGUUCAUGCCUCGAAUCUCUGGCAGAAAAGCGAGUGUCGUGGGUGUGAAGAAUCAGCCUGUUGUGUAUUGGAUGCACAACACGCUGCGGGUGAUACAGGGAAAUUAUGGACUGGAAGCAGCUAUUAUGCUUUCGCGACGCUUGAGUGCACCGUUGGUGGUUGUCUGUCUUGUGUCGUCUUCUAUCAUCCAUCCGGUCUGCCACGCGACGACAGCGAGCGAUGCGUACGCAAGGUACUCGCUGGUGGAGUUGUAUCAACAGUUCAAGCAAGCUGGGGUGCCGUUCUUUGGUCUAUCAGCUACAGAAAGCGAGAUGUCAGAAGCGUCAGAUGAUUUGCAGUUCUCUCCAAAGCCCCACCCGCUGUAUGAGAUGCUGGAUGCAUUCGAACCACACGUGGUCGUGACAGACGCUAUGUUUGAUUCUCCGAGUAGGAGAGACAUGGUGCACUUGGCUCGUUAUUUAGAGCUGCAUCGUUCUUCUUGCUCGUGGUCUCUUCUGUCAAUGGAUUCAAUGACGUGCUGUCCCGCGUACCAGCUGUCAACGAAGCUGCAGAGCACAUUUGAGCGUGACACUAUGUUCGCGAGUGAAGAGCAAUUUGGAGUCGAGUACGCAUCAUGUCUCGAACUGCGCGAUCAAAUGUACAUCUUCAGUCCUUUGCCUCGUGUUGGCGCACUAGAUCCAGCGGCAGAUAAACGACGAUCGGAAAUGGUAUCUGCAGUGAUGCAACGGCUUCAUCUGGAAGAAAUCAACUGGCAAGUUGUCAAGGCAGAAAACGCGCAGUCCAAUACUCGCAUGCAACGGUUCAGUGAAGGCGAAGGACUCCAGAAGCUGAGCCAGCUGUUGUCGGAUUUGAACAGCCAGCCAGCUAUUCAGACAGAGCUGCACGGUGGGGGUGUCCUGAGUUUGUUACCAUUCAUUCGUCAUGGCACACUGUUCGUUGGCUACGUGUUACGACGCAUGACGGACGCAAUCACUGCAUGCCCAAUCCCGACAACCCCACAAGAACGAAAAGCGCUUGCGAUGCGGAAGGUCAUGCGAUCUCGAGCAGUGAAUCACCUGGCGAAAGAGCGUGAUUAUAUCCUGUAUUUAUCCCUCUGGUCUGCUUCUCGCACGGAGCCAAGCGGGUCGGCUCUACCAGACAUUGCGCUGCUUUCUACAAGCGAGAUCAUCGCAGGACUGAAGAGCUACGCACCUCGACCUUCGGCAUUAGAGGCAUACCGGAAGCUGCUACCUGGUUGGGCUUACAGUGCAGCAAGAAUGGUGGACAACUGUAACAGCCAUACGACGGGCGCAGCCAGCUAUGAUCCGCUUGAACUGGAAAGUGCACGGACAAAUGAUCCCUACUGGAAUGACAUUCAAAAGUCGCUCGUCGAACAGCAGUAUUUGCACCCUCUGUUGAUUGUAUACUGGGCUUACCGAGUAUUCACAUGGAGCGUAUCGUGUCGAGCAGCGGUAGCGACAAUCGAGUCUCUCAUUUCUCAGUGCGCGCUUGGGUCUUGGAGUUCUCCUGAUGCUGUGUUCAUCGUGUGGAAACUACUGUUUCGUCUCGGAUCAAACAGCACGAACACGACCAGCAUCGGUGGUGACGGCAAGACAAGUCCGACUCUGGAGGAUCUCCGGCGAUUCCAGAGCGUUUUAGAAAACGAGCUCGCAUCACAACCAAAGCUGCAGCUGCGUCCGUAG